CUGUAGCGUGCAGGCGCGGCGCUGCAGCGGGAGCGGCGUCUUCUCGCUCGCUUCCACCCCUCGCCUUCCGGGCGGCUUAAGCCUGCUCGGCGCUGCUGCCGGAGGCUCUCUUCGUCUGCCUCCCUUUGGAAGUCCUGGGGAGGGGGCGCCGCCCCGCGGGGACCCCGGAUUGGGCGCUGGGCCUGGGCUCGACUCCUCCCCCAGCAGCACUGCUUGCAUUGGGGCCAGCCAGGCCAGGGCGGCCCUUCUGCCUCUUCCCUGCGCGAGGGCAUUGAUGAGCUUAGCAGACGCGUGUGUGCGAUAGAAGGGGCGUGUGAACGUGGCCUGCAGUGAGAGGACCUAGCAGAAAGACCCCCCUCCCCGGGCAGCCAAGGAGCCCCUCUCUAAGUCGUGCCCCCUGGAUGCCAGCUCUCCUCCGUUCGCGAGGACACCCCGCAGGCUCCCUGCUCCCCAUGGACGCGAAAUGCUGCCAGCUCUUGCCUUCCGUUUGCACUGUCCUGGCCGACCCCAGGCACCCCGUGGCUGACGACACGUGUCUGGAAAAACUGCUGGACUGGUUUAAGGCUCUGGCCAGCCCCGGACCUAGCCUGCUGGUGUUAGAAGAAAACCCAUGUCUGAUCGAGCUGAUCCUCGCGGUGCUCAAACAAGGGAAACCAAAUCCCGUUCUUCUUUCUUUUGUCCUGCGGCUCACAGGGAUCCUCGCGGCUUCUGAAAGCAGUUUCCAGCAUCUGCAGCAACAGGAGGUGGUGUUUGGUGCCUUUGGAGAAGCAGGGCCCCUGGGCAGCCCACUGUGGGAAGACAUGACCAUUCGGAGCGGCUGGGUGCAGGGCGUCUACAUCAUGCUGCAGCAUUACAGCGCCUUCCAGUUUCUGUGCAACUCUGGAGCUCUAGAUGUGAUUUUCGCUCUUCAAGGAGACCCCAGCCUCUUCAUCGCUGCAGGGGCCAACCGGCUUCUUGCCCGCGUGCUCAUUUUCUCUGUAGAGUCUGAACCGUCUCGUCUUCUUAGUUCAAAGGACUGCGAUUGGCCAGCUUGUGCUCAAAUGAUGGUUGCCCGGGUUGAGGAUGCUCUCAAGUCCCACUCUUCCUCCCGGGUCCAGCAUUCCCUGAAGCUGUUAACGACGUUGUUUGAACACAACCAGGAUGCCUGGACUGAGAUAUUGUGGUCACGCAUAGCAGAAACUGUUGGAGCUCUCCUGACAGAGGAGCCAGUCCAAGCCGGACACUUGCUGGUGGAUUUAUUUCUCAGCAUGGCAAGGUCUCCUGCAUUUAGCUGUCAUGAAUGUAGUCUCUGGAAGCUGGUGGCACUUGCUCUGAAGAAUAUCAGUCUGGCUCAAGUCGGCCCUCUGGCACGGGGACUUUUGAAGCUUGACACAUGCCCACAGGCAAUUAAAGCCCAGAGCCUGACUGUCUUGCUCCAGCCAAUGGGCUGCAUCUUGAGAGCCUCUUCACAUCGCUUAGAAUUCCCAGGGUUGCUGGAUGAGGGCCUUUCUGAUGCUUCCUCUGUGGAGUCUCUUCUCUCUACCAGGUCUUCGUGUGCCAGUCUCCUGUGUCAGACUAUGGCUCAUCUCGAGGAGAUCCAGGAGUUGGCGUGCUUGGCAGUGGAAUUUCCCCACAAGUCUUUGUUAUGCUCUGUGGUGACCCUACUACAGUUUUGCACCGGUCUGGCUGUGCCAUCCUCUUCCUUUGGAGCUACAGUAGGCAACAUCUUGAUUGGCUGCUUUCGAGUUCAGAGGGCAGCCCUUAGCCUCCUAGGAGCCCUCUCGCGCUGGGCUGCUUCAGUUCACGGUGAAGAAAUGCUGCAAGUCUUUGACGUUCUUCUGGCGUACUUGCGAAGUCCGGAGAGUCGUCCUGUGAUUCUGAAGAAAGCCCUUCAAGGAACCCUAAAGUGGCUUCUGAGUGCCUUGGAUCCAUCCGUCUCCCUUGCCGAUUCCCAACAACACAGACAGUUUCUCAGAGAUACGGUGCAGGUGUUACAGAAACACAUGUGCAGUCCGAGCUGGGAAGUACGAGACUCUGCCCUGGAGUUUCUCAGCCUGGCGAUGAAGCACCUGAGAGGGCAAGACUGGUUUUGGCAAGAGCUACUCUCUUCAGAGGUAUCCAUGUUCCUAGAAGGCCUUCUGGAUGACACUGAGAGCUAUGUACGUGCCAGUGCUGUGAAGACCUUGGGGCAUUUCUCCCUCAUUGCCCACACUGGCUCAGAAAUACCUGUUUCUAAAAGCAAUGGGAGUGCUAAAGAGGUCAGUGUUGGUGCUCGCUUGCUGGAAAUCUUGUCUUCGGACUCCGAAGGUUUUCCUCGCAGGGCCGUCAUCAGUGUCUUCAUCGACUGGCUGAAAGAAGGACACCCCGAGGUCUUGGCUGCCCCCGAGGAGUUUGUUUCCCAAGCCCUUCAAGCUGUGGAUGGAGACUUGGACUGGGAAGUAAAAAUUCGUGCUUUGGAAUUGGUGGACAUUUUUAUCACCCAGACAUUUGGCCGGUUUGGGCUCCGGGAGAGCUCUGCUUCUUCUGGUUCCUUUCUUGCCAGACCGCCUGUCCAUCUCCCUGACUUGCUACAGAUAUUCUGCCAAAUGAAAAUGUUUGCUUUCCUUUUCAGAGCCCUUCAGGACUGCGACAGGCCAGUGGCGCUCAAAGCCUGUGAGGUCCUUCUGGCUCUGAAAUCAAACAUUUGCAAAGACAAGUGCCCGGAGCAGCAGAAAUCAUCACCUUUGGGAGAUGCUGCUCAGCUAAAGGAGGGGCCAACCGGGACCCGCUCUUCUCUUUUGAGCCUUCCGGUUGGGGAGGCUGCUGAAAAGAGUUGCAAAGAUCCAGAAAGGCUGCAGCUAAUACUAGAAUCGAUGGACCUGGAGAGUUUGCAAAGAACUCUGGAUGUAAGCAGUGACUACUUGGAGCGGAGUCCCCAGUCUCUCUUGCAGGAUAUCCUGUCUGCUGCAGGGAAUGCAGAGGAGAACAAAGCAGACUGCUAUUGAAAAGAUGGGCCAGAACCUGCCAACCAGCUUGGAAAAGUGGCAACUUUCAGAAUUGAAUUGCUGCAAGCGAGCACCCUCCACAGAUACCUGCAGAAAGUGGGCCUGCUAGAGUGAAUUAAACCCAAAACCCACAUGCAGGGAACUGUUGGGAAGAGUAAACCCCAAAGCAGCGCUUUCGGGCACUUGCACCAAAAAGCAAAACCCACACAAGUUUAUGGCGAAUGCGUAAUGAUCAAGGAUCCGCCUAACAGAAUCACCUAAGUGAAUCUGUAUCAUAGAGGCUUAUCUUGUAAAAUCGAGAACUGUCUGCUCUGAUAAAGAGAAUACGAUGAACAGAUGAAAUCUUUGGAAGUGGAUUCUGCUGGGGGUUUACUGUGUUAGCUGUUUCCUCUUUGAGCGAGCAGCCUGUUACCGAGGCAGAUCCAAGUAGCGCUCGGCUGGGUUUUGUCCUUGGGUAAUGAGCUACAGACCAUGCGUAGAAGAAAACAAGGCUCGCUGCUCGCCUACACGGUCCGUGCUAAAUCUUAGAAGCAUUUUCUGUGGUCAGAGGUCACCAUAAAUGGCUCCAUCUUCAGCCCUAUGGAUCACAGUCUUGGUGCAGUAGAGUUUAGGCUUAUUGCUCACCUUCACUCCUGCGGCAGAACAGUCUAACAAGCUGGCAAGAUUCCACUAUGACAAGGUUUGUGAAUCAGUCCACCGUGUCAGCUCCGCUGGCUGUGGCUUACCCAGUGGUGUCUCUCUAGAUCAGUAUUUCUCAGCCUUGGCAACUUUAAGAUGUAUGAACUUCAACUCCUAGAACUCCCAGCCAGCCAUGUUGAAGUCCACACUUCUUAAAGUUGCUAAGGUUGAGAAACACUGCUCUAGAUCGUCCCUAAAGCUAGUGUAGGAUUGUUUCUAGUAAUUUAAAAACAGAAUCACCAGAAGAUCCUCUUUGCUUUUCUACAUAAGGGACAAAUCCUUGGAGUAGGGAGGAUUAGAUUUAUGAGUAAGCCCCACUGGUGGUCCUGAAAAAAAAAUAAAAUCCUGGACUGAAUUUAUGCCCAGGGUGCUCCUCAUUUUGCAGAUCAUUGCCUGCUUCCUGAGCUGUUCUUUUAGACUUGGCUGCAAAUGGGACUCCAUUUAAGGACUCCAGUGAAAACCCAAAGGAAUUCUAGCAGCCUAAAGUCUGCCUGUUUAGGUUGAUGUGUUUGUGUGAAUUGCCCUGCAGAGGGAGUAUCUCUGGGCCUGGAUAGUUGCUUUAUGCCAAGCCAACAUCAUUGGUUUACUUUACUUUGGAAUUAGAAAGGAGGCCAUGAUCUAAUACAGUGUUUCUUCAACCUCAGCAAAUUUAAGAGGUGUGGACUUCAACUCCCAGAAUUCCCCAGCUUGAAGUCCACAUCUCAUAAUGUUGCUAAGGUUGAGAAACACUGAUGUAAUGGAAGAUUUCCAGGUGAUUUGCAGCAGAAAGUCAGGAGUUUUGACCAAGAAGAGCCACAAUAAAGUGAGACUCCCUGAUCUUAAGCCAUAUAUUGAAGGUAGCUGGGCAUGGCCCAAGUAUUGAUGGAAGAGCAGAGACACAAAACCUGUCUUCAGUUCUGGAGCUCAAGACACAUUUCUGAAGUCAGGAUUGCCUUUUGCACUGAGCUCAGCUGGUGGAUUUCUAGAUUUUAGUUUUAAAACAAUCCCUCUCCAGGGCUUCAGUAUCUUUCCAGCCCCAUCUGGAAAUGGCACAGGCUGAAUUGGGGGUCUCUUGCAUCAAAGCAGGUGCUCUAGAGGACUGGAGCGGGGGGGGGGACCUCCAUUUAAAAAAAGCAUUUCCUCAAGAUCCCGAACUGUCUCCAUCAACAGACUUCACUAGUGCAUUUCAUAAGACUCUACAGCAAAGGGAGAAAGGGGGAAAAUGGUAUCUGUUUCUGCUCCAAUUCAUGGGAGGGGGAGGUCAGCUGAAUUUGCUAUGGGCACGACCUGGCUCCCAAUUAUCAUUGUAAAUCAUAAAUAUAUAUAAUCACAAUUAAGAAAUCCUAGGGCAGAAAAUGGAGUGUUUAUUUGAGUUGCCGGGCUCCUCGAGCAGCAGCCUACAUCAGGAGGUAUGUAUUGAUGCCCAGAGAGCUGAACUCUGCCAUGACAGGCCACUUAAUUAUUAAAGGGCAGAAGCAAAACAAGACAUUCAAGUGACUGAGAGUGAUUUCAGGUCUUAAAUCAUGACAAGCAAAAGGGGAGGACGAUGCUGAUAACAGUCCUUUUAAAAUGCAUUUUCUUCCACGGACCCACCCUUAUUUCCUGCUGAAGAGCUGCAGAGGAUAAUGAUUACAAACCAUUCCGGAGCACGCUUGUGUUCUGGAAUGAUUACCGCUAAAUUCUUCCCUUCCUCGGGUGGUAAAUGUAGUUUUCUCACCCUGUUUUAUCAUCACAGCAAUUCUGUGAGGUAGAGCAGAUGAGAGAAAGUGCUUGGCUGCCUAGUCAAAUUAAGCAGAUAGGGCCAACGUUCACUGAUUUCUGUCGGCACAGUCAGAAUCAGAGGAAGUGGGGCAUUUCAGGCAUCAACAAAACCAGACAUUCUGCAGGACAUGUCUUGGCAUAUCAUUCGGUAAUUCGAAUGAAUGCGUAGUAGCCUCUGUCUUGGGCUAGUGGAGAGAGGAAAAUUCUUGAAUCAAAUCCUAGAUUUGUGCAGGUGAGGA